AUGCUGCCGCGACGGAGCAGUCACGUGCAGCCUGCAGCGCCGAUGCCGAGUAUGUCGCACCGCAAUAGCAUCAUGACACCGCCGACGCCCGGACGAAAGAAGCGACCGGCGCCGCCGUCUUCGGAAGUUACGACGUUGCCGUUGCUCGACACGGCGACGCGCGCGGAAACAGCACCGAUGGGUGCCAGCCACUCGACCGCAUGGCCGUCGCCACGCCACGACAUGGAGUCCAAAAUCGACAACAAGGCGGGGCUGCUGAGCCUCGAGAAGAGCCUCGAGCUCUUGGACAAGAUUCUCAUCGAUGGUGGGCCGCCGCCAUCGACUGGUCUUCAGUCUCUAGCGCCGUCGACAAUAACGCCCGCGCCACCGUCGACAACCAAGCUUGAGGCUGUGAGUCCGGCCCGGCGCGGACCGUCACCCUACGUGACGUUCACCAACCCGCAGCGCGAAGACUUGUACGAAACAAUCGCGAUGCUCAAGAAAGAGCUCACCAACGAACGCGCUGCCCGGCGCCUCGACACGGCGCCGAGUACGUACACGGACGCUGGGGACGAGUACUUUGCGGCACUCGGGCGCAACGCCGAGCUGCACGUCCGGGCGCGGAAGCUCGAGUCGGCAGCGCAGCUCAUGAAGUCGGACCUCGAGGUGACCAAAGCGGAGCAAAAGCGAGCGCUCGACUCGGUCAAUUUGCGCGAAGAGAAGCUGCGCAACCUCAUCAAGAAGAAUAAGUGCUUGAUGACAGAGUACGAAGUCCUCAAGGACCAGUACGUCGAGACCAAAGUCAAGAGCGUCGAAGUCUACCGCACGAUGCAACUCGAGCAGAAAAGAUGGAACUCGCGGCCCACGAGGUUUGAUUCGGCGACCAAGUACACGCUGACCAUGCUCCAGGAGAAGCUGCAGCUGCAGCACCAAGUAGCAGUGCUUCGUACCGAGUUGAAAGACCUCCAAAAAACGUCGGUGGCCGAGAAAUCAGCACUGCAGACAACGCUAAACGACGCUCAAGCCGAGCGCGACCGCCUCGUGCUGUGCCUCGCUGAGACGCGCCAUCAUUUUAAGCAGUGGAAAGACCGCGAGGGCAAACUCGUGGCCGCCGCACGGAACGACGCCCGGGACCUUGCGCACGCCGAGGCGUCGGUGCGCAUCGAGCGGUGCCACGACGAGAUUCGACUGCUCCGAGACAAGGUGAACCAGCUGGAGCAGACCAACCAGGUGCUGCGAAAGGAGCCGGCGCUUUCGCCAAUGGAGCUCGCGUACCGCAAGCAGCAGUUGCACGCGGACAUGACGACGCAACACGCUGAUCUCAUUGCUCUACAGAGCCGCGAGAUGCUUACCGCCGCCCAGGAAACAGUGUCCCAGGUGCUCCACGCGCGCGAAGUCUCGGCGCUUGAGCAGCUUACCUAUAUGAACCCACCGCGAGCACCGAAGCCCCCAUCAUCCGACGGCACCGAGUCGCCGCUCCCACCUGAGUCUGUAGCGACACCACCGACGGGUGUCGAGAAGCCCCGGGCGCCACCGGCCACCGCGCCGUCGCCACGCGUCCAGACGCAGCGUCGUAAAGGGUCGUACAAGGAAUCAGCACCGAACCAGAAGCGCCCGACGCCGCCGCCACAAGUCGAAACCAACACAACCGUCGCGACGUGGAAGAUGGAAGUCCGCAACCUCACGGAGCAAGUCGACGAGUACAAGACGAUGGUUGUCGCUCUCUCGCACGAAAUCGAAAAGCUCAAGGCCGAGCGGAAGCGACUCACGGCGCAAAAGCAGUCGGACACCGAGCGCAAGUACGAAGCUGCACUCAGCGAGCUCCGGUCGCAGCUCGAAACGAGUCGCGCGACCGAGACGCAGGUCCGUGAUCUCUUGGCGUCCAUGCGAGCGACGCAAGAGGCCAAGUCGGCGGGCACGAUUCAGAGGCACUUGCGGAUGCUUCACGCCAAGGCGACACUCAAAAGCAAGCUCAAAGCAACGCGCGCGAUCCAAGCCUGCUACAAGGGCCACAAGCUGCGCCAGACGACAAACCUCCAAAAACGACAUGCGAGGCGAGUCGGGAUCGUCCAAGUCUGGGCCGACGACAUUAUCUACGCCAAGUACAUUCCCGUGCGACUUCUGGGACUCUACGUUGCCCACGGCGUCAGCUGGGCGCGCAACGACGUGCCCCGGCUCCAGAAGGCGCUCGCGGCGCAAGUUUCGCUCGUACCGGACGAGGACGACGCGCAGCAAAUCCAUGUGGCGGAGCUGCAGCGCGUCCACGGCCAACCCGCAACCCACGUCAAGGCGAUUACAAAGAUCCAGUCGCGCGCUAAAGGCUACCUGACGCGCAAGUCGCUCCAGCAGACGCUGAUCGAGCAGGUGGACACGGUUCGUCGUGUGCAGGCGCUCGUGCGUGGCUUCCUCGCGCGUCGCCAGUGUGCUGCGCAGCAGCGCGCGCUGAUUGCGAUCCAAGCUGCGGCGCGCGGGUACUUUGCUCGGCGAUCCGUGCGCCUGCAGCAACAAGCCAUUGAAAAAAUCCAGGCCAUCAUCAAAGGUAUGCUCACGCGGCAGGAGCUGGAGAAGCAGCGCGCAUCAGCGAUCGUACUUCAAAAGCAAGCCAAAGGCUUCGUCGUUCGCCAGUCGCUCGAGCGCCGACGCACUGCGGCCGUGGUCAUUCAGACGCGCACGCGAGGCCAUUUAAAGAAGAAGGAGUACACGUCGCACCGCGCUCGAACAAAGGCGGCAACUGCAAUUCAAGCCCGGGCCAAGGGUUUCGUGACGCGGCGAACCUUGGAAACGACUCACGACGCCGCGGCCACCAUCCAGCGUCAUGCGCGUGGCUUUGUCGUCCGGCAAGAGCUACGCACGCGGCAAGCAAGUGCUGUCGUCAUCCAGAGCCAUGUGCGCAGUCUUUUCGCCAAACAGACGUACGCAGCAGCGAUUGUUGCCGUCACCAAGAUCCAAGCGGGUGCUCGUGGUUUUGGUGCGCGACGACACAUCUCGUUUCGGCCGAUACCGUUCUACCCUUCGUUCGACGACGACGCUCAAGACGAGCACCGUUGGGCGCGUGCAUGGAACAAGCGCAAGUCGGUGGCGUUCCGAAUACGCUGCGUUGACGCCCCGAAGUGCGUCAAGAUUGAGGCCGUGCUGGACGGCGUCAUCUACAGCGCGUUCGUGAAGUACCCGCGCCUCCAUCGCUACGUCGAUGACGGUGCUCGACUGUUCCGUAACGAUCCUGGUCGACUCAACGAGGCCUUGGAGCCGCUUUGCGUCUUGGAAGAAGUCGAGCCGUUCCUCUUUACGGUGGCUGUCGCUGAAAUGGACACAUCUCGCAUCGUGUCGACGCCGUUACCAGCUCAACGCCCCACGCCAAAGUCGACAACGAAACACUUCAUUCCCAAAGCGGCGCUGCCGUCGGACGUUGCUACGCCACUGCAAACGGAUGAAGCCACCAAGAUCGCGACUCCGGUGCAAGAAGCGCCAGCCGUCGAGGCCGUCCAAAAUACGGUUGAAGAAGCGCCGGCCACCGACGUCGUCCACGAUGCGGUUGAAGCAGCGCCUGCACCCGGAGCCGUCCAACUUGCGGUCGAAGAAGCACCAGUUGCUAUAGCCGUACAAGACGUGGUCGACGAAGCGCCGGCUGCCAAAGCUGUCCAAGAUGUUGCUCCGGUCGAAGAUGCACCAGCUCCCAAAGCCGUCCAAGAUGCGACUCUUGCCGACGUGUCGCCACCGGCAGACGCUGUCACGACGGCGCCAGCGGUCGUGGACAAAACCACGGCGACUGACAACUCGACAACUGCAGUAGUUGACGACGACUUGGCUCCGACUGAAUCCAGCAUCGACGUCGCCGACGAGGCCGAGACCCACAAAGCGGCGCUGCCGUCGGACGUUGCUACGCCACUGCAAACGGAUGAAGCCACCAAGAUCGCGACUCCGGUGCAAGAAGCGCCAGCCGUCGAGGCCGUCCAAAAUACGGUUGAAGAAGCGCCGGCCACCGACGUCGUCCACGAUGCGGUUGAAGCAGCGCCUGCACCCGGGGCCGUCCAACUUGCGGUCGAAGAAGCACCAGUUGCUAUAGCCGUACAAGACGUGGUCGACGAAGCGCCGGCUGCCAAAGCUGUCCAAGAUGUUGCUCCGGUCGAAGAUGCACCAGCUCCCAAAGCCGUCCAAGAUGCGACUCUUGCCGACGUGUCGCCACCGGCAGACGCUGUCACGACGGCGCCAGCGGUCGUGGACAAAACCACGGCGACUGACAACUCGACAAACUGCAGUAGUUGA